AUGGCUCCCUCACCGAACCCCGAACAAUCAAAUCAGCGUCUGAACCUGAGUCACCUCCCACAGAUUUCUGCAACACAACCGCAAUCUGGGUCAUCAACAGCAAAUACGUCUCCAAUCGAUUCGCAUCCUAGCGCCGCUUCUCGCUCUCCGUUUGGGAAUCCUCCAGGCAAGACUGCCAUGAGUAGCACCGCCGGUGUGGCAACUUCAAGGAACGGGGCUGGAUCCCCAUCCCAUGAUUUGGGAACAGCAAGGCCAUAUUCUAAGCGUGCUCGAGAGAUACAAGCGUCUGAAGGAUUGACUCCCCAAUUCUGGGGCCCACCGGCCAGUGGCGGUUCCACGCCAUUGCGAGAAACCAUUCCCGAAUCUCCUAGUCAAGAUGGCUUUCCUGACUUUCUUCCACCAUCUGAUAGUCCCUUACAAGGCACAACCCGACGACCACGUGCUGGUACUGUCCCGUCAAGACUUUCCCCAGCUGCUCCUCCAGGGCUGGGGAGCAUCUCAUCGUCUCAAUCUAAGAGCUCGAGACCCACACCUUCGACGAGCCCUUUUAGGUCAUCAUCAUUCAUGGGCUCCGAAUCACCCAAUUCUACAUCGGCGCUCCUUUCACGGCUUAGAGCUGGCUCGAUGCCGCAGCAGAAAAAGCCAAGAAGGAAUCAGGAUGGCCUAACCGACACCGACGUCAAGACAUUAGACUACUUAGGGCUUGCGGAGACCCCCAGACAGAACCAAGCCAAUCUUGUGCAGCCACUCUUGCAGGGGAAUGGUCUACCGCCCUACUUUAAUGAUAUUGCUACCAUGAAUAGAAACCUGAGCAGGCUCAGGUCAUUUUCUGUCAAUGCCAAAGAGAAGUACGCAGAUGAUGAAGAGGACCAGUAUACUCAGAAUGGUGCGUACUCUGGUCAGAACAGUGGCAUCGUAACUCCCAUGGAUGCCGCCUUAGCACAGACAAGAGCACAAAUACACCAUCACAAUCUAGCUGUUCAGGCUUUUGCAAGUCAAGCGUCCGCGAACAGGCCCAGAGCACGUACAGCCGGGGUUCUAGACUCACCUUUACGCCCAGCGCCUGCUCCAAUAAGGCUUCCCACCACUCGACCUCGACAAAUCAGCAACGCAAUACCUGGCUUUGAUUGGAGUGAAGAAUAUGAGGGUUUGCCAGAAGCUGUGCAGGCAAUGAAUUUGAAUACCAUUGCGCGAAGGCCCACCCUUGAAACCUUGGACGAUUCUAGCCAAGACAAGCCGACUCGCGCUUUGUGGCUUGGCAAUAUACCAACAUCAACUACCACUUCAUCAUUGGAGGCUCUCUUUGGUGUUCAUGGCAAGAUCGAAUCCUCGAGAGUCUUGAUGCACAAGAACUGUGGGUUUGUCAAUUUUGAACACGUCGACAGCGCCAGACUAGCCAAGGCCACUCUUAACGGGAAGGAGAUCUUUCCAGGUGCUGGGCCGGUGAAGAUAGGCUAUGCGAAAGAGCCUAAUUCUUCGUCAGUCGGGGGAACUCCCGGCAAUUUUCAGUCAAGAAGCCCAGACCCCUUCAGCAGAGGACAAACUGACUUUUCGGCCUCCCAAGCUGAAGACGACUUUGGUGGCGACCGAGCCAUCAAUGGGACAAAUCCACAAGCUUCUGCUGCGUUAGAAGUUCCAAGUCUGGCGGAAGCUAAAGCGGAUAUCUUGCAAAUGGCACAUGAAUUUGGAGCCACUGCUGAUGAUCGCUACGCCAUUGAAGAUAGCAUUAUCUCUGCGCAGGCAUUUACCAGCUUCGAAGAUGAGAUUCCGCAAGUCCCAGAGCCAUCUCAGAACAGGCUCUAUGACGCUCCGAGACUACGUGAUAUUCGGAAGAGAAUUGACAACAGCUCAAUGGCCCAAUCUGAGAUUGAAGAGACGGCUAUGGCCAUGCUGCCAGAGGUGGCGGAACUGUCUUCUGAUUAUCUAGGUAACACAGUUGUUCAGAAGCUUUUCGAAUUUUGCUCUGAAAGUAUAAAGGAGCAAAUGCUUGCUCAAGUCGCACCCCAUCUUGCUCAGAUCGGCGUACAUAAGAACGGUACGUGGGCUGCUCAAAAGAUCAUUGAUGUCUGCAAGAUUAGCAAUCAAAAGCAGAUUUUAGUUGACUGUCUGCGUCCCUACACCGUGGCGUUGUUUCUAGAUCAGUAUGGCAACUAUGUUCUUCAGGGCUGCUUACGUUUUGGUGCUCCUCACAACAAUUUUAUCUUUGAGACUAUGCUCAGUCGCAUGUGGGAUAUUGCACAAGGAAGAUUUGGUGCCCGAGCCAUGAGAGCUUGUCUCGAGAGCCACCACGCUACAAGGAGCCAGCAACGGAUGUUGGCUGCCGCAAUUGUCCUGCAUAGUGUCAAGCUGGCCACCAACGCCAACGGCGCUCUUUUGCUCACCUGGUUCUUAGAUACCUGCACUCUUCAACAUAAAAGGACCGCACUAGCACCCAAGCUUGUCCCUCAUCUUGUGCAUCUUUGCACUCACAAGGUCGCGUAUCUCACGGUCUUGAAAGUCAUUAAUCAAAGAAAUGAAGUCGAAGCUCGCGAAAUUGUUCUUCAAGCCCUCUUCUCGGAGGAUGGUAAUGUCUUAGAGGAAAUCCUCAGCGACCAACAAUGCGGUGCCACUCUGAUCUUCAAGGUCCUGACGACUCCAUGCUUCGAUGAAAGCCAGCGCAACGAUGUAUUGCAGAAAGUGCGUAAUGUGCUUAUCCGUCUGAAGGCUUCUCCUUCGCAAGGCUACAAGCGGCUUAUGGACGAGGUGGGCCUCUCGGUCAAAAGCAAUAAAGGCGAGCGAGAUCUUACUCCCAACAGUCACGCUUCGCACCAAGAGCGUCCUCGGUCAACACUUCACGGCACUUCUAGAGAUCGAAGGCAUCACCAUCCGGAUAAUGGCAGGCAAUACAACGACAAUCAUUUCCUGCAGUCUCCACCCCAGCAGCCAUAUGCAAUGCAAACGGGCUUCUCAGGUACCUCAGCCAUGGACCCGAAUGAUCUCCUUGCAUAUGACCAAAUGCCCUCAAACUACCCUACCAAUACUUUGAAUGGCCUCUCCUACCAACAAGCAAUGCUUGGGCGUGACAAUUCUCCCGGAGGAUUUUAUCCCAAUGUUGGCAUCGGAGGCUAUCCGGCAACCUCUGCCGGCAUGAAUCAGCUCCCACAGCGAGCCUUAGGCGUAGGGCCAAACCCGAUGAUGCAGCAAAAUGGCUAUUCUCAACCAGGCAUGAACCCCAUGAUGGGCUACAACAACAUGCCAGGAUUCCAACAAUUUCCCAUGCAAUACGCUCAACAGCAGCCCUUGAUGCAGGCUGAUAUGCGUGGUCGUCGGGUGUUUCCCCCUGUGAAAAUAAAGGCUUUGCAGCCGUUCAGACUUACGACUUUCUUUGUCUUUGCAGCUGGAAAGAGGGAUGCUGGCCAACUCUCUACGGCACUAACGGACUUUCUUGUAGAUACUUGA